GAAAAUCUCCAAGCCGAUAAGAAGGAAAGAUCUGAUCAUCAAUUGGUUAUCUGCUAUCUUCGUGCAGUUGAAUACCGAUCAGUUCGUGCUCUUAUCGGUUUAUAUCAACGUGAAACAAAUCAAGAAAUACGCGCCAAAUUGCUCAGAUGUAUUGGAAUAUGUUGUUCUUUAGAUUCUGCUUGUAUUCAUAUCUGUCUUGAAUCAGUUCUUCCUAAUGAACUCAUUCGAGAAAUACGAUGCACAACACAACAGGAAAUUCCACAACUUGCUUUAAGAUUACGAUUUUUGUCCAUAUUGAUCGCUCGUUCACCAAGUCUUCCUGUGGAUUUAUAUAGUAAGGAUAACCUUUCUUUUCUGCUUGUUCAAUUUUUUUGA